CGAAUGCUCAGGCAUACUCCUUUCUUCCUUCAGGCUAUGGUUACUAGAUUCUCGUCAAUCUCUACGCGAAAGCUGUCACAUGCCCUGCAGAUCCUCGCAGCUAAAUGCAUGGUUGCUACGAGUGACUAUGAUGAAUUUCACAAGAUGGCAAAGCGAUACGUACUUGCAGGUGCAUUGGGUGCGAAUGCUCAGGCAAGCUGCCAGGAGACUCUUUGGGCAUGUGCACCUGUACACAUGCGUGCCUGCCAACCUUACAUGCUUAAAAUCUUGAUUUAUGUGGCAUAACCAGGGAUUUACUGCAUGCUUGUGUGCAUCUAUUUGCAGAAGCAGCUAUGGUCCCGCCGAGACACCAUGAUGGAAAACGUUUCUAGACAAUUACAUGCCCUUGUGGAUGGCCAUCCUCUUGAAGCGGUCAUUUUCAGGAAAGUCUGCGAGAGUGAGCUCUUUGCGCUGGCACUGAAACAAGUUUUGGGACGAGAUGUGAAUUCCAUAUAUGUGGAGGAUCUUGGGACAACAUUGUCCAAAGAGGAAAUGUUCGAGGUUAUGGUGUUGGACAUGAUGGCUGGUUCAAUUGAGGUGGACUGGAGGGAUUUCUUUCCUUACCUGAGGUGGAUUCCUAACAAAAGCUGGGAAAAGAAGAUUGAACAACUGGCUUUCCGCAGGACAGUGGUGGCAAGAACCCUAAUCAAGGAGCAGAAACGGAGAAUUGCUUCAGGGGAGUGGGAAGCGAACAGCUAUAUUGACUUAUUGAUGUCCGAAGCCAAGACGCUUUCUGAGGAGCAGAUUACCAAUUUGCUUUGGGAGGUGAUCAUCCAGACUUCGGAUACCACUCUGGUCACAACAAAGUGGGCUUUGUAUGAACUUGCUAAGAAUCCCAAAUGUCAGGAUCGAGUCAUUGAGGAGAUUCGAAAAGUUUGUGGUUCUGAAACCCUCGCGGAGGACCACUUGUCUCAGCUUCCGUACUUGAAUGCUGUAUUCCACGAAACUCCGAGGAAACACAGUCCAGUUCCGAUAAUUCCUCUGUGCUAUGCACACGCAGAUACCCAAUUAGGAGGGUACUUUGUCGCAGCUGGAAGCCAGAUUGCUAUAAACAGACAUGGAUGUAACAAUGACAAAAAGAAGUAUGAGAAACCAGAAGAGUGGAUGCCCGAGAGGUUUCUUGAUGAGAAGUAUGACCCGGCAGACUUGUUCAAGACAUCGGCCUUUGGAGGAGGGAAGAGGGUUUGUGCCGGAGCUCUUCAGGCCAUGUUAAUAUCUUGCACGGCCAUCGGCAGAUUAGUACAGGAGUUUGAAUGGCGACUGAAGGAUGGCGAGGAAGAAAGGGUCAACAUGUUGGUAUCGACGGAUCAUAAGCUUCACCCAAUGCAAGCAAUGCUGAAGCCGAGAAGAUCGGAGUGAAGAAAGCAUAGUAGCAACUGAAGUGGGAGCAUUCUCUAUGUAAUCCAGUGGUAUUGUCCUGUUUUGCUUCUAAUAAAUGCAGAGUUUCUUAGUCUUGCUGUGUGGUAUGUGUUUCAACAAGUGCAGUGCCAGUAUAAGUUAGACGUAGGACUAGUCUGGACGUCGCCUUUUUUUUGGUUUUGAUGAAAAAAUAAGAGGCUGCCACUGCAUGAAGUGUCGCCUUCUUGCUAUGUCAUCAUGCAUGUAAUGCUAUUACCUCGUUAUGUUCAUCCGUUCAA